UUGUUAAGCCAUAUUCAGGUGGACAGUGAUGGUGAUCGUUGCCAAUUACAAGUGUGCAGUGUGGGAUCAGGAUCAUUGAAUGCAUAUGGUGUUCUCGAUACUCAUUAUAAGAGAAAGAUGACUGACGAGGAAGCAUUGAAGUUAGGGCGUCGUGCUAUCAUGCACGCCACAUACAGGGAUUCCGGCUCUGGUGGUGUUUGCAAUAUUGUUCACAUCACGCCCAAGGAGAAGAUUCGCCUACCACCUAUUGAUGUUAGCAAGUUGUGGUACGAGUUUGCCGAUGAGCUUGGACGCGACAUCGUGUAUGAACCUCGUGACGAAUGA